CUACAGUCUUCUGCACACAACCUUUCCCAAGACCCACUCGCAAGACUUGUCAAUUUCUUUCACAUCUUCCCGGAGUCUUCCUUCACACAAACGUCGAGGUUUUAACUCAUUCUGCACCUUCAGAAGCUGAGGUUUUUGGCAACAUGACAGGCUGCGUGGCUUUGGUCGUCUGUGUGGCCGCCUUGACCGCAUGUGUAGUCGCGGCAGGUGCCAAGGUGUUAUCCAUCACCACCAUAAAGGAAGACCCGUACGCGAUGACCCGCGGCUCUGAGCUGGAGGGCUACUGCAUCGACCUGAUCUCGGAGCUCUCCAAGAAGCUGGGCUUCACGUACAAACUGCACGUGGUGAAGGACAGCCGCUACGGAGCCAAGGACCCCAGCGGCAUCUGGAAUGGCAUGAUUGGGGAAAUCACCAGAGGGGAAGCGGACCUGGCGGUGGCCCCGCUGACCCUCACCGCGGUCGAGAGCAGCGGUGGAAGAGGAACCCUUCAGCGGGGCCCGGAAGGCUUAUGUGGUCCGGCGCUAAUGUCCCAGGCUACAUGUCCGGUGAUAAAUGUCCAGCUGCUAAAGUCCCAGCGCACAUGUCCCAGUGCAAAGUCCCAGGGCAAACCCCCAGUGCACAUGUCCCGGGAAAAGUCCCGGCACUUUGCCCCCGUGCUAAAGCCCCAGCGUACAUUCCGGCUACAGCCCCAGUGUAAAGCCCCAGCGUACAUCCCCGCUGCACAUGCCCGGCUGCAAAGUCAGCUGAUCAGUCCCGGGGAAUGGGCCGAGCCAGAGACGGAGGAGCACAGCUUCACGCUGCUGCACAGCUUCUGGUACAUCACGGGAGCCCUCACCCUGCAAGGGGCCGGUCCUCACCCCAGAGCCCCGUCUGGACGCCUCGUCAGCGCCAUCUGGUGGCUGUUUGCCGUGCUGCUUCUGGCCUGCUACUUCGGCAACUUCACCUCCGUGAUGCACAGCAACAAACACGUCUCCAUCAAGACUUUUGAAGACCUCGCUAACCAGGAUGUGAUAGACUACGGCACAUUGGAGGCUGGAUCCACCAUGCAAUUCUUUAAGAAUUCCAACAACCCCGUCUACCGGCGUAUCUACGAAAACAUGGAGCGCAAGAAGAGCUACGUGUCCAACAUGGAGGAGGGCGUUCGCCGCGCCCAGGAGGGGAACUUCGCCUACAUCGGGGAAGCGGUGUCCCUGGACUUGGUAGUGGCUCGCUACUGUAAACUGUACCGUUCGCAGGAAGUCAUCGCCAUGAGAGGCUACACCAUCGCAGCACCUCUGGGUUCCCCGUUGGUGAAAAACCUCUCCAUCGCCAUCCUCCAGCUCAGUGAGUCCGGCGAGCUGACGUAUCUGAGGGACAAGUGGUGGGCCAGCAGCUGCGUGGGUGCCGACAAGGCCCAGACCUCCGAUGCCCUGCACCCCCACGACCUGCUGGGCCUCUUCCUCCUCCUGGGCCUGGGACUCGGUGUGGGGCUGCUGCUGGCCCUGUUGGAGCUCGUAUCCAGGGCCCACAACCAAGCUAAGGACAGCAAGAAGUCAUGCUGCUCGGUGUUGACGUCGGAGCUAAACCGGCGAUUUUGCAACAAAGGGGAGCGUGCGGAGCAAGACGGCUCGGACAAAAACAAAGCCUAAAGGAGAAGUUUACAUGUUAGCUUUUGAUAAGGUAGUGUCAGCGCCCCGGUAUUGAUCCGCCAGACACACUAGCUUUGUGUAUCUCCGUAGUAACCGUGUGUUGUGUGGUCGUGGUGUCAGUGUGUUUUUGUCCUUUCCCAGAAAAGCUCUUUGACCACGUUGGACACAUCUAGUAGCUACAGCGUAUUACACAACAAACCUAGAGUCUUAGAGCUUCCAACUGCAAAUACUAAUCAUUUUGAAUUGUUUACAAUGUUUUUGCGUGUUAUUACAUAUCCACAUCCCACCCCCCCUACUAACUCGGGUGUAUUUCUGGUUGAAC